CCACAUGGCCCACGGCAGCGAUCCGUACAUGUCUCUAAACUGUCCCGAGGAGAAUGACGAAACCAGGAGUGAAGAGUUUGAGUCGGACCGUCACAACUGUUCCACAACCAUCCAACAACCUACCCAGAUCAUUCUCCAGCAUAACGCAGUGAGCUACACUCAGCCCCCUCUGUGUGCAUUAUAUGCCCAUCAGACACACUUUUCCAGCUGGGACGGUCCCGUCAGGGCAGAUUCCCCACACAGCCUGCCCUCCUGCCUCCCGUCUGCCGUCUACCACACGCUUUCAGAGGACGGCUCGUUUUUUCCCAGCAGGCCUCACUCUCUUCUGGGCAUCUGUAGUCCGAGUCUGGAGAGUCUGGAGUAUCCCAGAUCUCUGCGUUCGUUUCCUCCAUCAGGGAACAUGUACCGCUAUCCCUCGACCUCGUACCCCGACACUUACCUGCGGCCGCCGUGCCCCCCGCCGCGUCACAUGAUUCCUGUCCAUCACUGCAGCUCCAGACCGGGACAUCAGCCGCCCUACAGACCCUCAGGCCUGAUGCAGUACAGACAUAUGGACACACGCUUCUCUGAAAAUGGAAAUGCAUCUGUGAACUCCAGACAGGCCAGUCAGUGUGUCACACACCUGCCACAGGAACAGAGUGAGAAAAUUUUCGUCACGUACGAGGCCGACAGUGAAGAGCAUUUGAAGGAGAUCAUUAAGUUCGUGUCUUUGCUGAGGAACAACGGCUUUGACACGCAUAUUGAUGUUUUCGAGCAGCAGCUGAACAGCAUCAGUAAGAUCGACUGCAUGGAGCGAUAUCUCAAUGAGAAAGAUUACCUGAUCAUCAUCAUCAUCAGCCUGAGGUAUUACGAGACCAUAUCAGGCAUGAAUACCAGUGUGGAGGGCGACGAGAGAACGUCAAACACUGUAUACAUCCACAAACAGCUGCAGAGCGAAUUCAUUCAGAACGGCUGCAGGAACUACAGGUUCAUUCCUAUUCUGUUCCCGGGAGCUAAAAAGUGUUACGUUCCCACCUGGCUGCAAAACACGCAUGUCUACAGCUCGCCGAAAGAUCGGGACGAUAUUCUGCGCAGGUUAAUGCGUGUGGAGAAAUACAACCCUCCUCCCAUCGGCCCUCUGCCGACCAUAGUCUCCAUUCCUCUUUAGAGCAGCGUCCUGCUUCCACUGUGACAAAUGAGCCAGAACCAACAUCAGCCACGAUUAAAGGGGUCAUAUGAUGCUGCUAAAAAUAACAUUA